AUGGGGCCCCCGGGCAAUAGGGGAUCAUGGGGCCCCUGUGUCCUUGCCCAAACUCUAAACAGCCUAUGAAAAAGGUACCAGGGGCAUCUCAUGGGUCCCCCUACCAGGGGCGGACUGACAACUCAUGGGGCCCCCGGGCAAUAGGGGAUCAUGGGGCCCCUACAGGGGUGGACUGACAACUCAUGGGGCCCCCGAGCAAUAGGGGAUCAUGGGGCCCCUGUGUAAUUGCCCAAACUCAAAAAAGCCUAUGAAAAAGGUACCAGGGGGCCCACUACUGACCCCGGGCCCUCGGGCAGUGCCCGAGUUUCCAAAUGGUCAGUCCGCCCCUG